AUGUCUAGCUUGGCAGCCCUGGAAGAACAGAUAUGUUGCGAGGAUGGAGAGAGAAAUGGAGGGGCUAAUACAAACAACGGCAAACUGCAAGCCGAUAUCUCAAAUGUUGUCAGGGAACAAGAGGCAGAUGCCGUUGCUGAUAUGAUGGAAAAUUGA